AUGUCAUCACUGUUAGCCUUAAACAACAAUGCACCUGACUUUCACUAUGCGUCAGUUACUUCAUCUCCUGGUGAUCUGAUGCCUAUGCUUGGAAACAAUAACAUUAGCAUCUGUUCGACUCCCCAUCAGAAGUCACCUACACCAGCUGUGGAAUUAGUCAUAAUGAAGUUUGAGGAGGGAGAAGAGCCUGACAAACCAGACAAUCAUCCUGUAGAGGAAAUGGGAGAGCAGUCGGGAGAAGAAGAGGACGACACAGUUGAACAAGGUGCUGCCUUUGCUGCACAAAGUUGGGAAAUAGGUAGUGGUGGUUGUUUGCACCAACCCUUGAAGAAGCGAGGGCAGCAAUGUGGGAUCUUCAUGCAUUACUUCACCUAUGCCAAGGGAAAGCUAGACAUGGCAAAGAAGAAGGAGGAGAAAGAGCUAGAGGAGGGUGGAUGGAGAAAGGCCAGACAGUGGAAAGCAGCAUCUGAUGAAGGGUCCACCUGGGCAAUAUGUUGA